AUGCGCGUGUUCGCCCUCAUUUCCAUCGGCAUACUGCUGAUCGCCGGCGCCAGACCAGCAGCUGCCGACGACGACGACCACGCGGCGCCCGGCCCCACGUACGAGACCCUGGUGGAGCUGCUGGAGUUCAAGAACAACACCAAGCUGCUCGUAGCGGCGCUGCAGGCGGCCGGCCUGGAAGACCUCUUGGACGACGCCACGCUGGGCGAGGCCACCCUGUUUGUGCCUGUGGACGAUGCCUUUGAGAAGCUGGCCGAGGACCUGGAGCUGGGCAGCCCUGCAGAGCUGCUGAAGGAUACGGAGCUGCUGGCCAACGUGUUGGCUUACCAUGUCGUGCCCGGCAAGCUGGUCACGACUGCGGGCGAGGGCAAGGCCAAGGCGAUGAGCGUGUACCAGACGCUGCUGGACGGCGCCACCGGGCAGAUCAAGUACGUGCCCCGUGAGAAGGGGCCCAGCCUGCUGACCACCAGCGGCCAGUAUGCCGACAUCAUCAAGGGUGGCGCCGACAAGUUCGCCGCCGACGCCGUGGUGCACUUCAUCAACAAGGUCCUCAUCCCGGGCGACGAGUCUGUCGCAGCAAGCGCCCCCGCCCCCGCCCCCAGCAGGCGCUGA